AUGGCGGGUGCAUUUGGGAGAUGUGGCCAGGAGCGGGAUUUGCUGGAGGAGGUGAGAGCCGGGAAGUGGCGAAGGGGAGAGAAGCCGUCGGAAGUCCCUCUCCUGGCCCACGUCCUCUCAGCCAGUGAACCCGGGGCAGGAGGGAACAGGAAGCUGCGGGACAGCCACGCCCAUCGCUUCUGCAUCGGCCACCUUACUCCGGGGCCCCCCAGGGAGGGCCCGACCCCCCCCAGAAAAGUUCAGUCCCACCAGCCCGAGGAUCACGUGGAGACCCACAAAAGAGCCCUAGACCAGGGGGAAGCCAGUGGAGACACCCUGAGAAGGCUGACAGAUGAGGUUCAAAGGCUCCGAGUCUCGCUGCAAGCCACGGCCUCUCCCCGGAAGGGCGCUGCAGGCUCCCGCGCCCACUUAGAGGCCCUUCACGCUCGCCGGCUGGCGGAGAUUGGAGCCCGGACCAGGCGGCUGGAGAAGCACCGGGAGGAGAUCCGGCAGCAGCUGGGGGAGGUGCCAGGGGGCGACGCCGGCCCCGGGGUCCUGGGCCAGGUGAUGCUGGCGAUCCAGGCCCAGGAGACGAGGACCCAGCGGGCUCUGGACUCUCUUGGGGAGCGCGUGGACAAACUGCAGGCGAGGACUCAGCCGGACCUCCCAGCAGGGAAGGAGGGGGAUGGGCCCCCGCUGGGCCCCUUAGCCCUACCUGCCAGCCAAGGAGUCCUGGCUUCGGAGAUUGGAGCUCUGCAGACGUCCUAUCUCCAGGCCGGAGGCAGAGACCCCGGGGUCCUGGCCCAGAUAUGGGAGCUGCACCUGGAAGCCGCCCUGCUGGAGGGGAGGGCGGGGCAGAAGCAAGGGAAGCCGGCCGCCGGCCCGCGGGCACCAGACACACAGCUGCAGGCCCUGGAAGCCAUCAACAGGCACUUGGAGACUGAGAUCCUGGCCCUGCAGACCCAGAGGGGACCCCGGAGAGCCCGGCAGCGCCCGCGGGAGCCCCAGGCGAAGGAGGGGCUCGGGCUGCUCCGGAGAGGAAGAGGAGGCUCUGCCCGCCUGCCACCCCCCGUGGCUCCUCCGUUGCCGCCUCCUGCCCCGGGAUUCCCCGGAGACUCUCCCAUGCCAGGCCUGAUGGAGAGGCCGGGAGGCCCCGCCCAGAGCCGCCAGCUCCUGCCCCCGCCCGAGGUGCUGGGCCCCGCUCCCUACGACCCAGGGGCCGGCUUCGCCAUCUUCUAUGACUUCCUCCUGGGUCUGGAGCCCGCGUGGUCGCAGGUGCAGCUGGUGACGGCCCUGGCGCGGGCGGGGCAGGAGAGCGGCGCGGGCACCGCCCUGCCCCCGCGGCCCUGCCUGCCGCUGCCCCCCACCCCGGGGGCUCCCCUGGGCCACUGCGCCGUCCUGGCCGCGCGGCAGCCCGUUCCCAGGCUGCCCCCCUCCCUGGCGGUGACGCUGGUCACAGAGCUUCAGGCCUGGGGCCUCUGGGACGGAGGCCGGGAGCCGAGGCCGCAGGCUUGGACCAGCCUGCCGCUGUUUGACCGGGAGCGGAGGGUGCUCAGCGGCCGCUGGAGGCUGCCUCUGCGGGUGCUGCCCCGGGCACCGGGCCUCGACCCCAGGCAGCUCAAUGCCAUCCCUCAGGCCGGCCAGACCGAGCUGUACCUGAGAAUAGCAAACGCGAGGGACGCCGAGAUCCAGGCGCUGGCCAGCGUAGACCCGACCCAAAGCCGGGAGUACCGCUACCUGCCCACGGUAUCCGACUCAGCCUCUCUGGAAGAGCGCCUGUGCCCCCACUUCCUGGGGCCCCCCAGCCUGCUCCCCUGCCUCUCCCUAUCCGAUAGCUUCAAUGACCCUCCUCCUGCUCCAGAGUAGCCCCCUGAACACCCCCUCCCGACUCCUCUGCAAGCCAGGCCCCUCCUCCCCCCAAGUCUGCAGGGUAUGGAUUCCUGGGGCCUCACCUGCCGGCGGGCUCUGGGUCUGGGUGGGGAGAGCCCAGACCAAACCCAUCCCCAGGGAAGCCGGCAGCUGGAGGCCACACGCCUGGACUUUCUCAGCCGGCAGGGUCUGGCCCUUGAGGUGCCAGCCCCCAACACACCCAGAACCAGCAGCGAGAGGGAGCCUUGGGGGGGCGCGCUUGGACCCCAUUCUGCACAGCGGCCGCCACCCCGACCUGGCACCUGGGAAACCCCGCACCGGGAGGCCCCUUUGUUCACCACUCAGCCCAGAGAGGAUGUUCACAGAUGCAGACGCCCCCCCCUCCCCCAGUGCCGGUGACAUUCAUGUCCCACAUAGACUUUGGCCUGACCAUCCACGUGGGGAAAACCAAGUGGGUGAGGAAGGCUCAUUGUCUCCAGACUGGCCCGAGGGUGGGAUGGAUCUCAACGGAUGUCAGACACUGCCAGAGUCCGGGACCAGCCCCAGCAGUGACCAGAUGCUUGGGGAAGUUGCAUUUUUUUCUUUCCUGAGGCAAUUGGGGUUAAGUAACUUGCCCAGAAUCACACAGGAAGGUCACCUAAAGUGUCUGAAGCUGCAUUAAAACUCGGGUCUUCCUAACUCAGGGCCAGGUGCCAUUGAGCUGCCCCAUUGCAUCUCAUGGCUCCUUCACUCCGGGAUCCUCCCAGCCAGCAGUGACCCCAGAAUCCUGAGGCUCGGCCACAAGAGCGGGCUCCCGUGUCACAUCCUACACAGCUCUCAGAGCCUGAACUUCGUCCUCUCCAAAACGGGGCCAACCCGUUGCUCCCAGCCCACGGGGCUCCCCUGGAGCAGCUGGGAAGCAUCUGCAGACCUUGAAAUACAUUGUUUCUCACAGAUAAA